CGUAGUUUCUGUCCCUUAAAGUUGUUCAUUGUACGAAUUAGCGCGACUUAACACCAUCUGCCCAUCAAUUCUCUCGUCUCGUCCCUCUAGUCAAGGUGAAUAUAUAUGCCAGUCAUAGCGCACAUACGAAAGCGUAGUCAAGAUUCUGGCUCUUCAGGUGAAGCAAAUGAACGUCCACCCGUUCAUGUAUUAUCUAAAUCCAGGUCCAAGUCAUUUCUACGGCGCUUGUCAGACGCUUUUAGUCCAUCUUCUGCCGAUUCUUCUUCGGACGCUUCACCCGUCCUCGCCCAACGACGAAGAGAAGAGGCUCUUCGGGAAAGAGGGCUUUUACCACCUCUGACGGUAGCAAGUUCACCGGAAUCUCCGCCAUCAAGCUCAGAAUGGGAUGCUACGGCGCUCAUUGCAGAAGUUCGCAUGGCGAGUGAGAAUGCAUCAUCUCAGCAAGGCCCUACAGCUGCUGAACUUGUCAAGAAGCAGUGGGAGCAAUCAAAAAGCGAGGCUGGACCGUCAAAACCUCACCAGAGCCGAUUCAUUGAGCACAUCUCAGUCCAAGAUGAUUUUCCACCUCAAAGUCGUCCCUCGCCACCCGAUGUGUCGAUCCAAAGGUCCAGUACAAAGCGACUAUCGAGUUCUUCCUCUUCCGUGUCCCCUAGGAAACCUCGACCUCUUGGGCCUCGAAAUCGUAGCGAUACGAGGUCAUCAUCAUCGUCCUUUCCACCGCCCCUGCCCAAGGGAGCAAGUCCGCCCGUGGCAUUUGUCGCCCGCUCUGCGCCUCCAACUCCAGUUCAUCUCUCUCUGUCCCAGCGACGCAAUAAAGAUUUACCUCCUAUAGGUGUUGAUUGGGAGCGUCGGGCAUCUGUGCCUAUUGAUCCUGUCCCGGAUCCUGUAUCUCGUAUAAGGAAACCGAUUCAGGUCACUAUACAUAGUCGCGCAAGCCUCGCGAUCGAGGCUGAUCAGAUAACGGAUAUCGAGAGUCGAAGAGUUGCAGAGAUGGCGUUUUUGGAUCCAUUGUAAAGAGAUCGCAUUCAUGUUCAUUGUAUUAGUAAAUGGACAUGAAAUGAAGGCCUAGGACGUCCAAGUAUUCUAGCGUACCACGGGGGUUUCAAAAAUCAUAUCUACAGUAUGAAAUACUCCCAGAUUUUCCGCUCACUUCCACGGUGCUGCAUUCAUCAGACCUUGUAUCGCGCCAAGCCUGAUCCAAGUAAUUCUGAGAAGCUAUACCUUAUACCCUCCAAUAGCAGAUUGUCGCUGUGUAUUCCAAAGUUCCGAACCAUAACUGAUCC